AUGGGUCAACAUGUGUCUAGCAUUAAUUCACAAAUAAUUAAUUUGCUUGAAUCAAAUAUUCUAAUUCGAAGUCCAGCUAGCGUCGUAGCAACUGUCGGUCCAGAAGAUGUGAGAUUAUUUUUAUCGUCGGAUAUUCCAACGGACACAACUAGUGGGAAAUAUCAAAUAUCAAAACAAGGGGCAAACCAAAUUCAAAAUUAUUUAAAUCUUUUAACUAAUAUACCCGAGUUCGAAGCAGUAAAUAAUCAAGUGGAUACUAUAUUUCUAUCUAUGAGCAACGACUAUCAACAAAUAAUUCAAGAAAUAAACAAUAAUUUUGAAAUACGAGAAAAAAUAAUAGCAUCCCUUUUCAAUACACUCAAAAUCGAUCGAACAGAGUCUUCGUUUGCAUCGAGAAUAUCUACUCUAUUCAAAUCAAUUAAAGAACAUGCAUCAAACAAUCAUAGUACCGACAAACAACUAGAAAAAAUUUUACAUAAUUUAUUAUUUUCCAAGACAUCAUUUAAACAUAUUCUAUCCAUUCUAAGUGAACUUCUAUUUGAUACACAUAAAACCUAUGAUUUACACAAGAUUUUACCACAAUUCAAUGAUCAUUUUAUUAUAAUUCGUGAUGAAUGGGAAAAGCAACAAAUCAAAAUCAACAACAAACCAACAAUAGAUGCUAAGCUACUAGAACAGUUGCAUUCAAUCGGAGGAUUUCCAAAUACUCGUCUUAAAAAUAUGCCCGCUAAACAAUUCACAGGGCAAUUUGUUUCAUUAUUUAUAUUUACACACAUCGAUUUUCAUAAUAGGGUCAAUACAAAUAAACAAUUUAAUUCUGGUUCAACAUCUAGUUCUAUGUCGUUUGAAUUUCAUCCAGAUACAUAUAAACAAUUAUUCGAUAUUAUCAAAAAAUUGACUGCAGUACCCACAAAAGAUUUCAAUAUAAAUCUUAAUUACAUAUUAAUUAUAUGCUUGAGAUUGUUUGCAGUGCAUUUAAAAUUUCUCUUUGCAAUAACAACAAAUCCAUCGUAUAGAUUUCUAUUAACGAAUAAUAAUAGAAUUCGAAACGAUGAUGUGAAUCAAGAAAUAAAUGUAAGUGAUUUUAAUAUAUCCAAUGAUGAUUUACAAUUAUGGUCUGAUACUUUAUUAAUGUUGGCUUGUCGAGAAUAUGAAAAAUCAGAACAAAUGAUCACUUGCAGUCUAGCAUCAAAAUGUUUUAUUCAAAUUCUCAAUGGAAAAGUAUCGUCGUUUACAGAAAAAUUAUCUUUUAUUCAUCAAUAUAUUAUUGAAAAUAAACAUUAUAUAUUAAUACGAGAUUUUUUGACAGAGUUUAAUACUAAUACAGUAUUACUCACUUGGAUUGAAGUCUUAUGUGACAAUAGAUUAGACAAUAGAAUUGCAUUUAAUAUUCUCUAUUUAUUUUUGGAUAUUUAUUUUAAUCCUUCAAAUGAAAUGAAACCAAAAAUACUAAAUUUAAUUCAACAAAUCAUACAGAGAUUUCAACGAAUCGUUUUCAUGCAAUUAUCAUCAACAUAUUCUCUUGCAAAUAAAUACAUUUCAUAUAUAUUGAAGAAUUUCAAUCGUAAACUUGAAACAACCAAUGAUUUAUUGAAUCCAAUACUUAUCAGUCUUGCUCUAAUGAAAGAACCACAUUUUAAUUUUACAACAAUUCAAAUCGUGGUUUCAAAUGUUUUGCCAUUACUCGUAGAAUUUACAUUAAAGAAUUCAACCAAUGAAGCUCCAGUAGCUCAAAAUCUUCAUUAUAUCUAUUGGCUAUUAGGUAAAAUUACUUCUACGAUGAUAAUCGGUUCACAAACUGAUGCAUUAGAAAUAAAAUAUGCCGAAAAAUUACAAUCACCUCUCUUCACCGGUGGAUGCGAACGAUUAACUAACGAAAGUAAUCAGUAUCUAUCGAGUUUAUUUGAAUCGAACAUUGCCAGCUAUAUUCAAUUGAAAACAAGUGAUUUUAAUUUUGAACAGUCAUCAUCCGAUCAAGAAUUUUUAAUGUCAGUUUAUAAUAAUAUUGAUCAAGGUGCUCAGCUCAUAUCGAAAAUAAAAACUUCUAUCAAAGAUAAACAAUAUCUUUUACAAAAAUCGACUGAGCAACAAGCUAAUCAUUCAUGUGCAGCUGUAUUUGCUGUUUAUUUAAAAUUUUAUCGUCGAAUUAAUUUAGCUAAAUAUGAACUUAAUCGAACGGAUGAUAAAAAAGCAAACAAAAAACUGCUAUCGAUUUUUGAAUAUGCAACUCAUGUCUAUUCCUUAUUUGCUCGAACAAAAGGACAAGGUGGAAAUUGUGAUGAACUUUAUCAACAAAUUAAAGCGAAUACACUAUUUCUUUUAACGUCUGUUAAAGAGAAUAAUUUAAUUCCAAUAAUUGAAUGUGUAUCCGAUGAACACAUAAGUAAACCUAUUUUUAGACGUCAAAAUACACGACGACCAAUAACAAAACAUGAUUUUCGAUUGAUACGUAAUGUAUUUCAAGCUUGCACACGUUUCAAGAAAUUAAUGAUAGUAAAAAAGGAGAUCGCCGAAGAAAAACAAAAGAGUGAAAGUGUUCUUAGGCGAACUAUUGAUAAUUUUAUAUUUAAUGAAAAAAAAUUCGAACCAUAUGAACUCAUCCAAUGCAUGUCAAGACAAUAUGAACGUGCGAUGAUGAGAUUAAUUAUGUAUCAAUUUAGUCAUAAAUUCAUACAAAAUGUACUUGAUUUUAAUGAUAAAACACAAAUCCUUACCUAUUUAAGAAUCUAUUUACCACAUUUAAGACAAACAACUAUUGAAUGGUCAUAUUUAGAAAAUAUAUCAGCAAUAAAUAUGCAAUUAAAAGAAGGUCUUAGUCGAAAUUAUCAUUUGAUUAUUAAACAAAUUUUUUCGUAUUUAUCCCAAUUACAAGACAAGAAUCAAAUGGUAUUAAUACAGAAUAUGUUUUAUUUACUUAAUUUAUCAUACGAACUCAUUGAUAUUUAUUAUUUAUAUAAAGACGACUUUCUUACAAUUUUAUAUAAUACAUAUAUGCAUUUGAAUCUUGACAUAAAAUUUAUUUGUUACACUUGGUUUCGAUUGUACGUAUUCAAAUUCUGUGAAAAUUUUCCAAUUGAACCAAAUUCAACGUUAAAACAAAUUCAAGAAUUAAUUUUUGAUAAAAUAAUUCUCAAUGAAUUAAGCGUAUUGAGACAAUCGUCUCCAAUUAAGACUGAAAACAAAUCUCUGGAUGAAAAAUAUUCAUUUAACAAUGUUACGAUUGAAUGGUUUACAAAAGCAAACGACACAAAUAAUUUAUCAUCGGAAUUCGAAAUUAAUCUUUACAUCAGUCAAUAUUUAAUGAUUCUAUUGCGACAUAUUCAGUCUUAUGAACAUGUUCAAUCAUACUGUGCAACUGGUAAAUUUAUUGAAGAACUUAUCUACAUCUAUGAACAUAGUGAUAGUCAAAUAACUUGUUUACUUUGUCUGAAAAUUCUUCGUAGAAUAAUAAUAUUUUUAUCUGAAGAUGCGAAUGAACAAAUAAAAUCGAUGGUGAAUAAUUUUUUAAGCAACAUUUUAUUUUCAAUCGGUAAGACAACACCAGAUAUAACAAGCGAAUUAAUUUACGUAUAUCGAACUAUGAUGUCUUUUGAAUCACCCUGGCAAAUGACGAGUAUUGAAUUUGUAUUCAAUAAGAUUACAACUAAUUUCAAAUCGUUCGAGUCCAUCGAUAAUAUUCUUGCAUCGUUGUGUAUAUUAGGAGGAUACAUCCAUCCGUUUUGUUUAGGUUCAAUCGUAGAAAUUCAUGAUACUGAUGAAACUCAAUUGGGAGUGAUUAUCGAUAUUAAUCGAGAUGCUCGCGCUUUGAACACCGCUGAUGUACAACCCUAUCUUGUGCAAUAUAUCGAUACAAAUAAAACUCAAUGGAUGCAUGCAGACAAAUUAAAAGUUGAAUUGACUGUCUUACCACCAAAUCUUCUUGAGCUACCGAAUGUGAAUGAAUUUAUCGAUUUAUUAUUUGAUGCGUUAGGAUAUUUCAUUCAGUAUGAUCAAUCAACAAUGGAUUCUAUACUCUUAUUACAAUUGAAACGUCGAUCAAUCGCUGUUCUAUAUCGCAUAUUAAAUCAUAAAGAUCUUGUCGAUAUUUUUAUACAAAAACCAUACUUAUCAAUCAUAGCUGAAUUAUUAAAAACAAAACAGCAAACAAUAGAUUUUCAUUUAUUAAAUAAACAUCAACGAGAACAAUAUUGUUUAAGUUUAGAUCGUUGUCAACCAUUGAGAAAAAUUAUUCCUGAUAAAAAUAAAAUUGUGAAUGAUGAAUUUAUUAUAUGGACAAAGAUGCCUUUUAAAAUAAAUUCAUUGAACAAUGAUUUCACAGCAACAAAUGAAUGGAAAUCAUUUAUGUCAAAACGAGAUCUGCAAUCGUUUAAACAAGGUCGAAGUGGAAAUGAUGAAAUUAAAAUCGUAGAAUUAUCGUCUCAACUUGCUGGUAAAUGGUUUGUUGAAGAAUGUGGUAUAGAACAUCGCUUACCAGGGAAAAUUUAUUUAGUAUCGGAAAGUUCUAAUAUAUCGUUUGGAACAUUUAUUGUUGAAAAUUUACAAUUAACUCAAGGCAAUUGGUAUUUUUGUGUUCGACUAUUAGAAUCAACAUUUGCUCGUAUUGGAUGGAUAACAAAUGGUUUUCAACCUAGUGAAUCCAUAGGCAUAGGUCAUGAUCAAUAUUCUUGGUCAUACGAUGGCUCACAAGGAAUGAUUUAUAACAAUGAACAAUAUCCAUUUCAUUUAGGAAAUAUUCGUUGGAGUACAAAUGAUGUUUGUGGUUGUGGUAUUGAAAUUAAUGGCGGUCGAAUACGAAUUAAUUAUUGGUUAAACGGACUCUUUUUAGGCACAGCUUUUGAACAUAAUAGGCCAAUUUAUUCCACAACAUCGACAUUAUGUAAUAUGUUACCGAAUGGAAAUCAAACAAGUUAUUUUCCUGGCGUAACUUUAAAAGUAGACGAUGCAGCAAUUUUAAGUGGCUGUGAAUUUAUAUUUCAUCCAAUGGAUAUGUUCGAAUGUCCAUUACCUGAAGGCUACAAACCAUUACUAGUUCCGACUCUUGUAGAUAUUGAUGAUUCAUUUGUUCCUUAUCCAUGUAAUGCUUAUUUAAUUGGAAAUAACAUUGAAGAUUAUUUUAUUCAUAAACGAAAUAAUAAGUCAACUCGAUUUUUAUGUGAUUUUAUUAAUGGCGAUCAUCUUGAAAGUAAAUUUUUAGUAGAUAAACAUCAAUUGAUAUUAUCCGAACAAGAUCAAGGAUUUCCACUAACAAUAGAUGAUCAUCAUUCAUGGUCUAUUAGUUUCGACUUUUCUGUUUUAAAGACUACAAAUGAUUAUCUUGAUAUUCCAUUAUUAACAUUCGAUACCUAUUCCAUACGAAUACCAGUCAAUAAAGUUACAACUAACACACAAAUUGCUAUUGUACGUCAAACCAAUGAACGAAAAAUAAAAGUCUAUGUUAAUAAUGAAUGUCGAAUAUCUGAAUGUCCUAUAAUGACACAAUUUUAUUUGCAUGUUUUACCAUCAGUUGCUGUUGGAAUGCGAAAUCUUGCAAUUUGGAAAUAUGAAUUAUCUGAAGAACAUAUUCAACGUUUGUUUACUUCUGGCCUAUCCUAUAUUGCUGCUGACUAUCAUAAAUUGAAUGAAUAUAAAAAACAAGUAAAUCUAUUGACAUUUACUAAAAAACAACAAUAUUUCGAAAACGAUUUACUCGUUCCAUUGAAUGAAUCCUUCGAUGAGAUGAAAUGGGAGAAAAAGAAAAUCGAAUCCGAUGAAGAUGAAUCAAAAUACUUCAAUCCAAAUCAUGGAAAUAUGCAAUUAUUCGGAAAUAAAAGUUAUCUUGUUUUAAAUAAAUCAAUUAAUCCAUGGUCUGAAUAUACGUUGAUUUUCGAUCUAUCGAUCAAUUCUUUUCCUGUAGCAAUAGUAAAAUUAAAUACACAAACAGAAAUAUGUAUAACACCUGAUGGCCAAAUUUGUCUAUCGAUCGCUAAUGAAAGAGCUAUUCAAAAUGGGAUAAAAAUUAAAUUAAAUGAGUAUAUACGAUUAGUUAUUUCAGUACAAAAUCAAUCUAUUAAAAUCUACGUCAAUGGAUCAAUGGAAUUCAAUACAAAUCUCGACAAGAAUCUAUUGACAAUAACAAAUAAACAUAUUGAUCUCUUUCACCAAUCAGAUUUAACAAAAAAUUCAAUGAAUGAAGAUCAACUUCGUAUUGAAUGUAAAUCAAUCGCUUAUCUAAACAAAGCAUUGAACGAUAUCGAUGAGAAACUAGCAUCGCCAAAUUAUUCAUUAGAACAUGUAGUCGCAUAUCCAUAUUCAAUUAUUUCUCCAAGUUUAAUCCAUAUUGGAUAUGAUGAAUCAUUGAUAAAACUCGCCAUGAAACUAACAACAACUAGAAAUAUUCAAUUGAUUGCUACAAUUUUACGUGAGAACAAAUUUAAUCAAUACAAUGAAAAUCUUUUAUCAAAAAUUGGAUUUUCAAUUAGUAGAGAAAAAUUAAAAGAUUUAAUUGAUUUUUCUAAUUACGAUACGGAAGAAAAGCUACCGAAUCUUGCUGAAAUUUUACUCAAUCACUGGCAUGACAUUCAUAUAGUAUCAUCAUUAACAACCGAUAAAAGUUGGUUUCAACAAACUGUUAAUUAUUUGAAUAUCGAUGAUAAUCUAACCGAAUGGAUUCGUGAUCGAUCGAAAACCGUCGAACAAUUCGAUCUUACUUAUCAUUUAUUUGACUUAGAUCAAUCUAAUACUCAAGAGCAAACAAAUAUUCCAACGGAUCAAUUGAAAAAAACCGAAUAUAAUCAUCGAGAUUUAACAGAAGAGAACUAUCACGAAUGUCGUCUCGCUUGUGAAUAUGGAUUAAUUUCGAUUUAUGCACAUUAUACAAUUUUAAAUAUUCUAAGAGUUUGGUCUUAUGAUGGAUCAAGUUUAUUUCCGUUGGAAAAAUUCGGUGAUUGUACAUUUAUAGUAAAAUUAUUAAGAUUAUUAGAUUAUCAUUAUAGAUAUACACGUUUACAUACAGAUGAAGCUAUUGAUAGAAUGAGUUUAUUGAUUAAUUCAAUUCUUAAAAUUGAAUUAAAUGAAUUAAUUAAAUAUUGUAGAAUAAAAAAGAAUAGAAUUUCUUAUGAUAUUUUACAAUCAAAAGCUCAAUUACUUUAUCAUCUACAAAAAGACAUUAUGAUUCAAUCGAUGAGAUUUUUUAUUAAUCCAUCAUUAUUAAACUCGAAGUAUAAUAAUGAAUAUGAAGUUGAAAAACCAAAUUUAAAUUUCAUUUUAAAAUUAGUUCAUUUAUUUGUGAAAUUAAUUUCAGAAAAAUCUACAAUAAAACAAGUAGACAUUGAUCUAUUAAUACCAUUAAUUUUUCCAGAAUCUCUAAUCAAUGUAUUAUUCAAUCUAUUUCUAAUUAAUCCUAAACAUGAAAAUAAAAUUAUUAUUCUUCGUUUAUUUUCUACUCUAAUUCAAGCAAGUGACCAUUUUAAUUUAAGCACAACUAUUCAACAGUUUUUCUUUCGUUUAUUUACUGAAUUACAACCGAAUUCAACUUCAAUAAUUACUCAAAUAAUGAGAACAUUUCAAGUAGCUAUUAUGGAUUUUGUUUUUCUAUUAACUGAAAAACAGAAAUCUCAAUCCGUAUCAACAGAGCUAACCAAUCAAAUAUCUGCAUUACCACAAAGUUUUCAUGAUUUGCUAAUAAUCGUUGAUGUUAUUAACGCUUUGACCGAUAAAAACAAGCAGACGCUUUUUCCCGAAUUAUUCAUCAUACAGUCGAUUAUUUUAUUAGGUGAAAAUCAUCAAUUUACUAGUGUUGACAUCGAACAAUCAAAUAAACAUUUUGAUACAAAAUCUGAUUUACAAUUAAUUCAUUUUAUGAAUAAUAAUCAACUUUUAAAAAUAUCUUUCAUCGAAUUUAUAAGUAGUUUACCUACGGAGCCCACACCAAAUACAUUGUAUUAUAAAAAUUAUCCAUCGUUAUGGCAUAUUCCAGCUAUUUGUAUACAGAUUCGUGCAAAACUUAUCUACCAAUUUAAUUUACUCGUAGAACAACUUGUUUCAUUUAUUGAUUUUAGUCUCUUUCCUGGACAGAGUAUUUUCACAGAUAAAAUUCAAAAAGUAAAAUCCUAUAUAUUAUAUGAAACAAAAUCAAAGCUAUUCAACACUGCUGUAACAUUAAGUGUAGAGGAAGCGAAUACUGACAUACACACAGUUAAUUUCGAUACAGUUCAAGCAAAUACUAAUAAACGCACAAUGUUUCAACAAGCGUAUGAACAGCUGCAUACUAUUGCGCAUACAACGUUUCGCAAAGAAAAUGAUCAAGUAUGGCGUGCACAAUAUCUUGCUAUGCAUAGUACUGAUCAAGGCGGACCAUUUCGUGACUCUGUAACAUGUAUUUGUGCUGAUAUAUGUAGUACACAGUUAUCAUUGUUCAUCCUGUGUCCAAAUGGACGAACCAAUAGUGGUUGUAACGAUGAUCGUUGGAUUCCAAAAGCAACUCCACCGAACGAACCGCUUCCGAAUCGAAUCAGAAAACAAUAUCGAUUUAUUGGACAACUAAUGGGCAUGGCAAUACGAAGGAAACAUUAUUUAAAUUUAAAAUUUCCUAAUCUAUUAUGGAAGCAAUUAGUUCGAGAACAAAUAACUGCAGAAGAUAUUGAAAAUAUUGAUAUACAAAGUUUUACAAUGAUUAAUGAAAUGGAAAGGUCUAUAAAAGAAAAUGAUUCAUCCAGUGAAACGAAUGAAUUACUUAGUAGUAUUUUAGAUGAACUUCGAUAUGAAGUUGUUAGCUCAAAUGGACAAACAUAUGAACUUGUGCCAAAUGGUAAAAAUAUUCCAAUAACAGUUUCGAAUCUCAAAGAUUAUUGUAUAAGUUAUCGUGAAUAUCGUCUAAAUGAAUUUAAUAGACAAAUUGAAUGUAUUCGUCAAGGUUUAUAUAGUAUUGUUCCAGGUUAUUUCUUAGGUUUGUUUACAGCAUGUGAACUUGAAGAAAUCGUAUGUGGAAAAGGAGAAAUGGAUGUAGAAUUAUUGAAAAGAAACACUGGCUAUGGUGGUCACUAUAAUCAAGAGACACCUUGUAUUCAACGAUUGUGGAAAAUCCUACGGGAGAUAUUCAAUGAAGAACAGAAGAAAUUGUUUUUAAAAUUUGUUUGGGGACGAUGUACAUUACCAAGUUGUGAUGAUGAUUUUGGAAGUAAAUUUCAAAUUGUACCAUACACUUUGUCUGCUGAAUUAGUCGAUGGAGCACUUCCAAGAGCUCAUACAUGUACUUUUGUUCUUGAUUUACCUGAAUAUUCAACAAUCGAUAUCAUGUAUGAUCGUUUGAAUUAUGCUAUCACGUAUUGCACAAGUAUUGAUGGAGAUGGUAACAUGAACGAUGAUCCUAUGCCAACUAAUUUAGAUUCUGAUUCGGCAACUGAAGAAUGA